CGUGCGCAGACUCGGCGAAGGGGAUUCCUAGGGAGAGAGAGAAAAAAAUGGUGGCUGGCGUGUAAAUGAGAGCAGCGCUGUGAAGAGAGACGGAUAUAUAAUUAUAUAUAAUAUCGUCUAGAGGGAACCGGCCCUGUAAUUACUCCCCGUCAGCACCAGGACAAGGACACGCAAGGAAGAGACCCGAGAAACGCUCCUCUACGGUGAAAAGACUUGAAAUAUACUCAGAUUUGCACAGUUUCAUUGGUGAGAAGUUGAAAAUCCUGUGAACACUGGAGAUGUCUCGCAGCCCUGACACGAAAGAGGACCCUGUUGAAUGCCCACUUUGCAUGGAGCCUCUUGAAAUUGAUGACAUCAACUUCUUCCCUUGCACCUGUGGCUACCAGAUCUGUCGUUUCUGUUGGCACCGUAUACGCACAGAUGAAAAUGGCCUCUGUCCAGCCUGCAGAAAACCCUACCCUGAAGAUCCUGCAGUUUAUAAACCGCUUUCUCAAGAGGAGCUACAGAGGAUAAAAAAUGAGAAGAAACAAAAACAGAAUGAGCGGAAACAGAAAAUCUCAGAGAACCGCAAACAUUUGGCUAGUGUACGUGUUGUACAGAAGAAUCUAGUUUUUGUUGUUGGUCUAUCACAGAGGCUUGCAGAUCCAGAGGUUUUAAAACGGCCAGAAUAUUUUGGGAAGUUUGGUAAAAUACAUAAAGUUGUUAUCAACAACAGCACAUCAUAUGCAGGUUCGCAGGGUCCCAGUGCUAGUGCUUACGUAACCUACAUGCGGUCUGAAGACGCACUAAGAGCAAUACAGUGUGUAAAUAAUGUGGUGGUGGAUGGCAGGACGCUUAAGGCAUCUUUAGGCACAACGAAGUAUUGCAGUUAUUUCCUAAAAAAUAUGCAGUGUCCUAAACCAGACUGUAUGUAUUUGCAUGAGCUAGGGGAUGAAGCAGCCAGUUUCACUAAAGAGGAAAUGCAGGCAGGGAAACAUCAAGAAUAUGAACAGAAGCUGCUCCAGGAACUUUAUAAAAUGAAUCCCAACUUUUUGCACCAGUCAUCCAGUACAGUCGACAAAAACAAGAACAAAAUAGUUACACAGCAGAGGUAUGAUGCACCCAACACUAGUAAUAAAGAUGCCUGGCCGUCAUUACUCAGCACAGCUAAAGCAGCCAACGGUCUAAUACUCUGGCACAGGAAAACACCUCCUAUUCUUGAUAAUGGUUCAGAUCCCGAGCAUAUGACCUCAGAUGGUCCUGACACAGAACUCAGACAGGUGGAUAAACCACCAGAAACACUCAGUCUAGGAAAUGGUGAUAAUUUACAACAGAUCCCUCCAAGUGAAACACCAUCACCACCGCCAGGUUUAACAAAACCCAACCCAGUUGUCCCAAUUAGUUCAUCCAAUCACAACGCAAGGUCUCCAUUCGAGGGUGCUGCAGCAGAAUCCCAGUCCCUGUUCUCAGACAACAGUAACUUCAGACACCCCAACCCUCUCCCAAAUAGCCUGUUAUAUCCCACUUCAUCACCAUCAACACACGACUGGCCAACAGCACCAGAACCACAGAGUCUCUUCACAUCAGAUGUACUUUAUAAAAUGAGGUCCAAUCCAAGUUUUCACCCAUGCAGAGUUGCAGAAACAAUCCCAGUAUCUUCAUCAACAGACUGGCAAGCUGCUUUUGGGUUCGGCUCCUCCAAACAACAAGAGGAUGAUCUGGGUUUUGACCCAUUCGACAUCACAAGGAAAGCCUUAGCAGACCUGAUAGAGAAGGAACUCUCAGUCCAGGACCAACCUUCCAACGUGGGCCUCACUUCCCCCACCGCACUACAGACCCCUUCGCAAACUGCAAACAAAGGCAUUGGUGGCUUCUUGACACCAGCUUCUGCCACAGCAGCCAACUCCAUAGGCAACUCUUUUCCCAACUCUGUAUUACCACGGAGGUUUCCAGCUUUUCAGCACAGAGCCGUCUACAACUCAUUCAGUUUUCCAGGUCAGGCACGGUACCCAUGGAUGGCAUACCCUCACAAUAGCAUGAUGCACUUGAACCACACAGCAACACCCACCUCGAACAGUAAUUUCUUGGACUUAAAUAUACCACAGCAUAGUACAGGACUUGGUGGAAUUCCUAUAUCAGACAGCGGCAGUAAUGUGGCAAGUUUAAAUGUGAAAGAGUGGCAGGAUGGUCUACGGGCACUGUUACCAAAUAUUAACAUCAAUUUUGGGGGACUACCAAAUGCUGCUUCCUGCUCUUCAGUGAACCAUGCAGCAACAACCUCAGCCAACAACACCAGCCUGAACUGGGAGAGUGGGAGUAGCUGGAUGGACCCAGCAAUUAUAACAGGUGUCCCAGCGUCCACAGGGAACAGUUUAGAUACUCUGCAAGAUGACAACCCUCCACACUGGCUGAAGUCGCUCCAGACACUGACAGAAGUAGAUGGCCCCACAACAGCACAGACAGGGCACAGUAAUCCCUUCAACACACAGAUUCCCUCACACAGAGCUGGCUGGGCCCCUUACCCAGCACCCUCCAACCCAAGCAACUUCCACUCUCCACCUCCAGGUUUCCAGACAACCUUCAGACCUCCCAACAAAACCCCCACAGAUCUUCUACAGAGCUCUGCAUUGGAUCGUCACUAAGAAAAACUGAUUUACUCCCCUCUUCUCCUUUCUUUCUCUCCUUCACUACACAUAAUCUCAGUUCCUGAUCAGUGCCAGACACAAUGCGAUCGCAGGUUACAUUAGAAUUACCGGGAGAAUUUUUUUUUCUGCUCACCAGCCUCUUGACAGCAUGCUUUCCCCCCCCCACCCUUAGGUGGGCUGCAGUGACUCCUGCUGACCAGUAACCAGUUCUCAAAACCCAUCUUGAACCAUUGAUCAGUUCAGCACUAAUGGAAGCCCUUUGGCUCACCAUGCUUGUAUCUCGUGCAAUAAUAAUUGCCGCAUAGUAAUGUUGAAAGCUGCACAGUAAGACCAACUGAAGCGUCAGUCACAAAAUUGAUGCUUCCCACAUAAUUGACAGUGCUUUUGAGUUCACGGUCUGCAGGAGAACGGCAUGUUGGAUAAGCAUUUUGAUUAGUGAUUAAAUGGGCAUGUAGCUGAGGAGUGGAUGAGUUGACUAAAACCAUUUGAUUUUUUUAAAAUUUUGACUUUAGCUUAAAUAAUACGAGAAAUGUUUUAAAAAAGCAUUCACAAAUUUAAUACCUAGACAACAAUAAAAGAACUGCUGAA